AUGCAGAUCAUCGCCACUCUUGCUACUCUUUCUUUACUUCCCUUCCUGGGCGUACUUGCUGAUGAGCACCAGCAGUGUUGGUGUGCUUACAAGGUUGGAAAUACCUGGCAAGCGGAUAAGGACCUUACUUUUAAUGCUUGCCGCAGGAAUGUUCCCAAUACAGAGGGUCAGUAUGAUUUUGGCGUUCAGAAAUGUGUCGCCAUUCAGCAUAAGCGUCUUGAUGGAGACAGGUGGAACGGCGAUUGUGUACAACAAGGAAAGGAUGGCUGGUAUCCAAUCAACGACGGUGCUAUCGACUACACUCAGGCUCCUAAGUAUGGGACUACCAAGGGCUUCUGCUAG